AUGGUCUACGACGACGAGGAGCUGCCCCGAGGCCGCUCUCUCGGACAUUCUCGCGCACCUCUCGCGCUCUCCACGACCGACCAACCGCUCGAUUCCCUAGAAUCGAGGAGGUGGCACUGUGUCGCCACUCGCCGCCGCUUGUCGCCGCUGCUACCACCACCGCCUCCACCACCGCCACCGCCACCGCCGCCGCCACCUCCACCGCAGCCGCGCUGGAUGGCGAUGGUGAGGACUGAGGACGGCGAUUCGAUGUACGCGGAGCGGCAAGCUGGGGAGAGAUGUCGACCUGUCACGGCCGGGGUCGCGGACAGAGAAUACAGAGAUUCCUCCGGGGGAGGUGGCGAGAGCGCGAAUGAAAGAAAAUCGGAGCGCGCGAAUCCGAGGAUAGAGAACCAGAAAGAAGAAAGGGAGAACGAGCGAAUGCACAGGAGUGCGAGGCGAAGACAAUUCAGGAAGCCGUGA